AUGGAGUCCUGUUCUACUUGUGCAACCAUCCUCUCGUCAACGCCGGCUUAUACAAAAGAGGAACCGUCUCUACCGCAAGAUCGCCGAGUCGCAUGCUGUUCAAGAGUCAUCUGUGGCAAAUGCAUUCAUGAAAAUGGGCGGUUUGCAGAUUAUUGUCCUUACUGUCAGGUUUCAACAGUGCCUACUUCACUGCCGCAGGGCCUGAGAGAGCCCCCGGCUUAUUCGUCAUCUAGCUCGACCGCACAUAUAUCAGGAGCGCCACCACCAUAUUCAGCAGCUUCAACGACACAGCAUGUCAAUGUUGAGAAGGCAGUGUUGGCACAGGAUGUUUUGAAGGAGGACGCCCCAGAUAUUCUGCAUUUUCUCGAUCAUCAUCAUGAUAGUAUCAGCUCUUUAUCUCUCCGAUACGGCGUGCCGGCUUCUGCUCUCCGACGAAGCAACAAUAUCACAAGCGACCACUUGCUUCUUGGCAGACGAACAAUCCUGAUACCUGGCGAAUACUACAAGGGUGGCGUGAGCCUUUCUCCACGACCCGUCGAAGGCGAAGAGGAGGAGAUGAGAAAGGGCAAGAUCCGUCGCUUCAUGACAUCCUGCAAGGUCUCUGACUAUGAUAUUGCCGUGCUUUACUUGGAGCAGUCAAGCUAUGAUAUUGCAAAUGCCGUGACAGCGUAUUUAGACGACGAAAAAUGGGAACAGGAACAUUCAGUACCCGGCAAAGGCAAGAAGGCUGACAAGUACAAAAACCGUGGCCCCUUUUGGAGAGGCCUGUGA